GAGAAUGGAACCACAGGUAAAUAACAUGGAAGAAAUAGAAUACUUGACGUCCAUCUACAAAAAUGGUGGAUGGCCAGCAGUUGCAUCUUUCCUUCAAGACAGUCAGAAGGAAAGGGAGAAGGAACUCUUAAAUAUUGCAGUGACUGGGCAGUCAGGUGCUGGUAAAUCCACCUUUAUUAAUGCAAUCCGUGGCAUCACAGAUAAUGAUCCUUCUGCAGCCGAAGUCGAUGUGAAGGAAACCACAAUGAAGCCGACUCCAUAUUGUUCUGACAGAUUUCCCAAUGUCACUUUCUGGGACCUUCCAGGUAUAGGUACCACCAAAUUUUCUGCAAGUACAUAUUUACAUAAAAUUUGUUACCAAAGCUAUGACUUCUUUAUAAUUGUGUCCUUCAGCCGUUUCAGUGAAAGUGAUGCCUCCUUGGCAUGUGAAAUAAAAAAGCUGGAUAAAAAAUUUAUAUUUAUACGUUCAAAAAUAGAUCAAGAUAUUGUUAGUUAUAAAAGGAAGAUGAAAACAGAAGAGGAAGCCAUGGAAGCUGUGAGGAGUGACUGCAAAAACAACUUAGAGAAGUUAGGGAUCGCUGCAUCACAGGUUUUUCUCAUCUCCUUUUGGGACAUUCAGAGGUAUGAAUUCACUAAAAUGCUUGAAGCUAUUGAAAAGUUGCUCCCUGUGGUGAAGCAUGAACACUUCCUUCUGUCACUGGCUACCAGGUCGAAACAAGUAAUUGAUGCAAAGACUAAGAUACUGAAGAAAAGGAUUGUUAAAAUAGCAACACUGUCUUGUCUGUUUUGUGGGAUUCCCUUACCCUUAGCUUCAGCUCUAUGCAAUCUUGAAGUUCUAACAACUGAAGCAAAAUUUUAUUACAGACAGUAUGGACUAGAUGAUGCUUCUCUCAAAGCUCUCUCAGUACAGAGUGGUAAAUGUGUGGAUGAACUCCAGUGUGAAAUUACUCACAAGUACUUAAAUGAACAAGGAAAACUUAAUAUCUUGGAAAGACUGGAAGAGGCAAAUGGAGAAGCCUCAUUUAUUGCUUAUGGAAUUUUGUCAUUUUUUUCCUACUUUGCCAGCAUUCCAGCUGGAGUGUUGUCAUUUAAGAUUGUCAUGGCAAUGCUGGAAAGGCUGCUGGAUGAUCUUGCUGCGGACUCAUGGUGUGUUCUGAAAAAAGCAAUGGGAACUGAAAUGCAGUGAAUGUUUAUACGAGUACUGCAAACUGCAUAAUAAAAAACAUUUGGUGAUUAAUGUGAGCAAUCAUGGUCUGAAAAUAA